AUGUUCUCCCAGCUCUGUCCUGACACCCUCUGGGUCCUGCUGCUCAGCCUCCUCUUCAUCCCUGCAGCACAGACAGCAAAAUGCCCACAGGAGUGCAUCUGUGACCAGAUUCAGCUCACUGUGACCUGCGUCAACAAGAACCUGACCCAAGUUCCUCCUACUGUUGACGAGAUCACGGUGAAAUUAGAUCUUCGAGGCAACGACAUCCAGGAACUUCCCACCGGGGCUUUCAAACACACUCCCUACCUGACUCACCUGUCGAUGCAGCGCUGUAACAUCCGCAGGGUGAAGGAAGGGGCUUUCCGCGGCCUCGGUCGCCUGGUCUUCCUCAAUCUGGCCAACAACAAUAUUGAAAUCCUCUACCAGGAGUCCUUUGACGGCCUGUCCUCCCUGAAACAACUCAUGAUCGACCGAAAUCGUGUGGAAGAGAUCCAGCCCGGAGCUUUCUCUCAGCUCGGCUUCCUCAACCUGCUAUCGCUUACACACAACCAGCUGGUCUACAUCCCCAACAUGGCCUUCCAGGGUUUGCAGAACAUCAAAUGGCUUCGUCUUAGUCACAACUCUCUAAACUACCUGGACACUGAAGCCUUCGCUGGUCUGUUCACGCUCACCCGUCUCAGUCUGGACCACAAUGAACUGCAGUUCUUCCCCACUGAGACCAUGACCAGACUCCCAGAGGUGACCCGUCUUGAUAUGAGCUACAACCCGAUGACUUACCUCGGCGAGGAGGUGGUGUCCAUGGCCAAACUGACCCAUCUCUUCCUGGACCACAUGUCCCUGCAGGACAUGGCCAACACAGCUGUAUCAAAAUGCCCCAACCUCGUCCACCUGGACAUCAGCAACAACCAGCUGCGAGUCAUCCAGCCCUUCUCUGAAGGUUCACCCAAUUUGGCACGCCUCAACCUGGCUGGGAACCCCAUCUACUGCAACUGCUACCUGCGUCCACUCAGGGAGUGGUCGAUCCGGAACAAGGUGAAGCUGAUAGGAACAUGUGGAGGACCGGCCCAUCUGUCGGGGGAAAACCUGGAGGCCGUUCAGCCUCCUGAGCUGCGCUGUCAGAGCCAGGAGGCCAUGCUGAAGGCCGAGUUCGAGGAGGCAACCCGGAUCACACGACCCACACAAGAACCGGAGAACAAGGUCAAGUGUCCUGCCAACUGUGUCUGCGAG